AUGCCUCUGGUGCAGGUGCAGCUGGUAGUGUGGGAAGUCCGUGCUGCUGGGGACAUCCAGGACCUAAACCAUGUGAAAUGUAUUCCAGGCACAAUGAAUGCCUGGCUGCUCCGCACUACUAGCAGGCUGAACCAUCAAACACCUGGGAAUCCUGCUAGUCUGUCACUGGAAAUGAUCCCCAGCCAGCUGAGGGUCAGCUCUCCGGUGUGCAGGCAGAAAGAAGAGACGAUGGAUGGCAGGACUGGGUCUGAGCAGGACAGGCACCAUGCCACUUCAGGGCAUGGCCAGGGCCUGAAGUCGGAGCCCUGUUUCCAGACCAACUCUCUCUUGCCUUCCUCCAGUGCAUCCCUGAUAUCACAUCUCCUCAGCCACCCAAUGACUGGCAGGAGCCUGGAUUCCACCAUCCUUUUCCCUUCCUCUCAGGCAGUGGCCCUGCCUCAGGACUACAAGUGUGAUGCAUCUCCUGGAGAAGGAGCACAAGCCCUGGCUUUUCCCAGGACCUGUGACCCGGCUCCCACACUCUGUGCUGGCGACAGUGACCAGCUCUCUGACCAGCACCUACGAGCCAAGCGGGCCAGGGUGGAGAGUAUCAUCCAAGGCAUGAGCCUCCCACCAACCCCUCAGGCAUUUGGCACCAGCCUGGAGGCAGCUUUUGGGCAUAAGAGGGAAAGGGGCAGUGAGAUGCCCCGGGAGACCAAGAGGAAGCCGAGGGUGCCCCAGCAGGGCACAGGGGUGGCUGGGCGAGUGGCCUCCACGGGGGGCAGCCCCCAUGCCAAGGGCUGUCAGCAGCUGAAGGAGCAGCUCUGCUUUUUAGAGCAGCAGCUGAGGCAGCUUCAGGAGAAGUUCUCCCAGGUCUGUGACUCUGGGGAUGCUGCCCAAACCCCAGAAGGUGCUGACAAAGUGCACCCACUGCCUGCAAAGCCUGGAGACAGAUCGAACAAGGACGGUGUCACUGCCACCAGUGACCCGCACAAAGCUCCUCUCUGGAGGAAUGUCCUGGAGGUGCAUGGGCUGGAGGAGGAUGAGGACAGAAGUGACACAAGCGGCCUGCCCUCAGCAGCAAGGGUCCUCUCGCAGGCACUGAAGCACGAGCUGGCUGGGGUGACGUCCCGGGUGGUGGAUUCUGUCCUGAAGACCGUCUGGCCGAAGGCAGCCAGCCACCUCCUGCAGCAGCACUGCAGCCUACCAGUGCCAGGGCCAGAUGCCAGGAGAGAGUAUUUUGCUGCUGGGAAAUGCAGAAAGCCACUCGCUAAGCCAUCUCCCAUGAAUGCACAGGGCUCACCCCAGGCUGAAGCCUGGUCAGGAGCUUCGGGGAAAAGCCCAGGCUCUCUUGCUGGCUCCCUCAGUUCGAAGGGGGUCAGAAAACCCUCUCAGGUACCCAGCAUGGGUUAUUCACUGGGCUCGGCUGCCCCCAUCCAGGACAGCCAGCUGCUAGGCCAGCUGCUGGGCUAUGGCCAGCAUGGCCUCUGGGGCAGCGGCUCUGGCGGGAGCCCCUCUGCUCUGGAGAGGGGUCCUCCGGAGCCCCUCGACUUGCACUGGGGAACCAUCAAACUGAGGUCAUCGGUCGUGAGACAGCAGCAGCCGUGUCCCCUGUCCCUGAGCCCUGCCGACAUGGAGAGCCUGGCGCUGCUGCCAGCUGGCAGGGAUGGCUGCGGGGAGCUGCAGGCUGCGAUGGAUGGGGCACCCUUUGCCUCCACCCAUAUAUCCUUUGGGGGCAGCUGGAGAGGUCCCUGGGCUUGCAUGUGUUCCCCUGGUCCUCCAGAGCCAAAGCUUGGGACAGACCCUGCUGGUUUCCCCAGGGCCAGGGUCUCUGCUGUUCCACAGGGGGCUAAAAAGGGGCAGAUGCAGGAGGCACUGACCCCCAGCCACCUGAAGAAGGCCAAGCUGAUGUUUUUCUUCACCCGCUACCCCAGCUCUACUCUGCUGAAGACCUACUUCCUCGACGUGCAGUUCAGCCGCUGCAUCACCUCCCAGCUCAUCAAGUGGUUCAGCAACUUCCGUGAGUUUUACUACAUCCAGGUGGAGAAGUUUGCCCGUCAGGCUCUGCUGGAGGGCGUUGUGGACGCUGGCACCCUCCGAGUCUCCCGAGACUCAGAGCUUUUCCGCACCCUCAACAUGCACUAUAACAAGGGGAAUGACUUCGAGGUGCCAGGGCGUUUCCUGGAGGUGGCCAGCCUGACGCUGCGGGAGUUCUUCAGUGCUGUCAGGGCAGGCAAGGAUGUUGACCCCUCCUGGAAGAAACCCAUUUACAAAAUAAUUUCCAAACUGGACAGUGACAUCCCAGAAGGGUUCAAAGCUGCCGGCUGCUCCCAGGAACUGCUCCACAGCUGA